GACCAUUUUCAGAUUCUGCGGGCCAUUGGUAAAGGGAGUUUUGGAAAGGUCUGCAUCGUGCAGAAGCGAGACACGAAGAAGAUGUACGCCAUGAAGUACAUGAACAAGCAGAAGUGCAUCGAGCGAGACGAGGUGCGGAACGUGUUCCGGGAGCUGCAGAUCAUGCAGGGGCUGGAGCACCCGUUCCUGGUCAACCUGUGGUACUCCUUCCAAGACGAAGAGGACAUGUUCAUGGUGGUGGACCUGCUGCUGGGCGGGGACCUUCGCUACCAUCUGCAGCAGAACGUGCACUUCACCGAGGGCGCUGUGAAGCUCUACAUCUGUGAGCUGGCGCUGGCCCUGGAGUACCUGCAGAGGUACCACAUCAUCCACAGGGACAUCAAGCCAGACAACAUCCUGCUGGAUGAACACGGACAUGUUCACAUCACGGACUUCAACAUAGCGACUGUUGUCAGGGGAGCAGAAAAGGCAUCCUCCAUGGCCGGGACCAAGCCCUACAUGGCUCCAGAAGUCUUCCAGGUGUACGUGGAUGGAGGCCCUGGGUACUCGUACCCCGUCGACUGGUGGUCCCUGGGCAUCACGGCCUAUGAGCUGCUGCGGGGCUGGAGGCCCUAUGAGAUCCACUCCUCCACGCCCAUCGACGAGAUCCUCAACAUGUUCAAGGUGGAGCGUGUUCACUACUCCUCCACGUGGUGCACGGGCAUGGUGGCCCUGCUGAAGAAGCUCCUGACCAAGGACCCCGACAGCCGCCUAUCCAGCCUCAGCGACAUUCAGAGUGCACCCUACUUGGCCGACAUGAACUGGGACGCCGUGUUCGAGAAGGCGCUGAUGCCUGGCUUUGUGCCCAAUAAAGGGAGACUGAACUGUGACCCCACGUUUGAACUGGAGGAAAUGAUUCUAGAAUCCAAGCCACUUCACAAAAAGAAGAAGAGGUUGGCAAAACAUAGGUCCAAAGAUGGCACGAAGGACAUCUGUCCCCUGAAUGGGCACCUGCAGCAGUGUCUGGAGACGGUGCGGAAAGAGUUCAUCAUCUUCAACAGAGAGAAACUCAGGAGACAUCAGGGACAAGGUGGUCAAAUCCUGGAACCUGAAGGCCGAGCCGGAAGCCAGGCCCAAAGCAAGCUCCAGGAUGGCUGCAACAACAACAUCCUGACCCACACCUGCCCCCAGGGCUGUAGCAGCUAAUCCUCCACCUGCAGCUGCCCAGGAGGCAGCAGCCUCUCUGCCUUGCCCAUCCAGAGCCCCUCUCUACGCUAUGAUGGUCCCCAUCUCAUCCCUGAAAACCGGAAAGAGCGCUGGACUUGGAGCUGGGAAGCCUGGGUCCCAGCCAAUUUGCUCUGUGACCUCGGACACACCCUAUCUGUGCCUCAGUUUUCUGCAUCUGCCAAGGAAGUUAAGCAGCUCCCUUCCCCACCUCCAGUUACAAGAUUAUUGUGAGAAUCCAGUUGGAUAGCAGAUAUGCAAACUCUUGGGCAUUUAUAAAAUUGUUUAUAUUUGCAAUUAGAAUCCUAUAUUUGAAGUGCACUCCCAUCCCCUGACACAAUGAGACCAUCCUCACUCUGCAGUUUGACCUGACUUAGCUUGCUGGAUGGUACUUUGGAAAUCUACAGCCCCGAGGGCAUCUGAACUAUUUCACAUGUCUGCCCUUUUACAAAACACUGCUUCCAAAUCCUGUAGCAGCCCUGGGGUGAUUUCAUUUGCAUUCUCUGCUGGCCGCAGACUCUCUGACCUUGCAGAACCGUGCAGCACACAGACCAGCCGGGCCCUGAGUUCUUGGUAUUGCAGGUAUGCUCCUCCCUGGAUCCCCAAGGAUGCCCAGCCUUGGAAUGUCAGCAGCCUCCCAGACCCAUGCCCCUGGUGCUAGGAUGGCACAAAGGUAUCCUGUCAGAUGAUAGUCAGCUCACUGGUCAUCAGUUACACCACAGUGCUCACUGUGCUCCCCCAUAGCCCAGCCCGCAGCAGAGCCCCUUUCCAGGGGAGCAGGGGUCUGGACAGCCUGGAAGGGAAUCAAGGGACCCGAUGGACAUUGGUAAGAAUGGCUUCCUAUUAGUAACUUAGGAAGCAUGGGUGUUUAGAAAGUCUGUUCUGCAAGGAAAGUGGCUUUACCCGAAGGCCAGCUACUUUCAGGACAACUUGCCCUUGAACUGGGAGACACAGAGGUUUGAAAGAUAAACAAGGCUUUAAGGUCAGACUCAUGUACAGAAUCUGACCCUGCUGCUGACCUGCUGGAAGACCUUAGGCAAGUGGCAUGAUCAUGAAACUGUCAGGUAACUUAUUUUAAAAUGAGAAUAAAAUGGGGGCCCAGGCACGAUAACGCACACCUAUAAUCCCAGC